AUGGUUGCAUUCAAAUAUAGGAUGAAAAGGCUUCGUACAAUUGCAAACGAGGAAGCCCAAGGAGAAUUACCAUUAAAGUCAAAGGUAAAUGAACGAUAUAUUACUGAUAGAGAGGAAGAUAGUAAAUUGGGGGAAAAAAGUUCAGAUUCUCCUGAUGAGGAUUACUCUCAAAAUUCGCAGAGUACUAUAGAGAGUAAAAAUAUCGAGGAAAAUAUGUUGGAAAUGAGUCUACUGAGGAGGUUUGAUGAUUUUAUAGAGAUCAUGACGCACCUUAAAUUAGAUAUUAAACCUGGAUCUUUUAGAGACGACGAAAACCUUUUGAACUAUUGCUUUUUGAUUUCUAAACCUUAUAAAAACAAUAGCAUUGGAUUUACAUUUCAUGUGGCAAUGGAAAAUAUAGUAAGUGGGAGGCCGAGAGUUUUAUCUCAGUCAAUGUCAAUGGCCAUCGAAUACAUAUGCUGUACAAAAUUUCCCUUGAAAUUACUGCAUGGAGAAGUAUCAGCUAUUAAUAGUCCCUUCAAAGUUAAUGAUAUGCAGGAUGAGAAAUCUUUAUUUAAAAUUAGUCAUCUUCCUUUGUUAAAAACUGUUAAGGAACAAGAAUACAGUUCGGGUUUAUUUAUAGUACUAGAUAUGGAUGAGACUUUGGUUCAUUGUACAAAUGAAAUGCUUAAAGGAAUUAAGCCAGACCUAUUAGUCAACAUUGCAGCAUAUUCUUCACCUUGGUUUGUAUAUUACCGGCCAUUUCUUAAAUUUUUUCUUAAAAAUGCUUCAAAAUUGGGAAAAAUAUGUGUUUUUACUGCAAGUACGAGAGAGUAUGCAGAACAAGUAAUAAACUCAAUUGAUCCGACCCACGAUCUUAUUAAAUAUAAACUGUUUAGAGAACACUGUACCGUUUAUAAUAAAGGUUACAUGAAAGAUUUGAGAAUAAUUCAAGGCGUAGAUCUAAAAAGAACAGUUUUAGUAGAUAAUUCUCUGAUAAGCAAUACAUUACAAUUAGAUAAUGCAAUUCCAGUUGAUAGUUGGUAUGGAUGUACUAAAGAUAACGAGCUGCUUAGACUACUUGUUCUUUUAAACAGAAUACAAUUAUUGAAUGAUGUCAGACCAUAUUUAGCAAAUAGGUAUGGAAUCAGAGAGUGGAUUAAUUUGAAUAGAACUAAAGAUAACUUAAUGCCUAUAUGA